AUGGCUAUGGGAGUUUUUCCUGAAGGGCUAAAAACAGGUCUGGCUCUCAAUCUGCGGAACAAGCCGACUAGUCAGAGUACAACGUUUGCAGCUGAUGUGCCUGCGGAGAAUGCAGUAGAUGGCGAUCGAGGCACCACAUCACAUACAAAGGAAGACCCGAAUCAAUGGUGGAGAGUAGAUCUUGAGGCUAUCUACUGCUUGAAGAAAAUUACAAUACUCAACAGAGUCGAUGGCUGGGGUGGCCGAUUGGCAGGUGCUGUAGUGCGGGCUGGUUUGGAUCCAUCAGAUUUCUCACAGAACACACAGAUAGGAGAUGCAGUCACAAGUUCUCAAGCAACUAACGGAGCAGUGAUUGAUUUCAUCGCGGAUCCCAUCGUCUCCGCUCGAUACGUCAGUGUGAAAAAAAAUGCAAAUGGUUUUGUGUGCUUGGCCGAAGUCAUGGUGGAGGAAAUCCAAGACACUGAGGAGACUUCUACUGUUGAAGGUAAAACGAAUGAAAAUUAUGAAAUCGGUGUGGAUUUUACUCUGGUUGCCAACCCCGCUCGUCUCGGCCAGACUGGAGACGACAAUGCAGUCAUCCAAGCUUACAAGGGUUCUACGUAUGCCUCAGCUGGGAUCAUCUUCGGCAGACAACUGACCACAGGAGGUAGCAAUGUCGAACUACCAGCAGGAUCGAUGGUUAUGGAUGAUCCUCAGACAAUAUGUAAUGUUACAUUGUCCAGUACGUUACCUGAAUCAGCGGGGAUUGACCGAACGGGUGUCUUCUACGCUGAAGCAGUCAAAAAAGAAAACGUGACCAGGAUACAGACAAUCAUAUUGAACAAAGAUGACAGCACAGUCCAUACACGACCUACACAGCGAACACAGAUUGCCAACAUCGGAGAGUCGGUGACACUUCAGAUGGAGGAUGUGAAUUCACCUGCUAACAGCAACUACAGAUGGAGGCAUAAUGGCGGUGACGUCAUCGCAGCAUGGAACAACCAGCUAAAUGCGAAUAUCGAUAACGUUGCUGUAGAUGAUGGAGGCAUAUACAGCUUUUCUGUCGCGGACCAAGAAAGUCAACAACUUCAUGGCUUCAUGAGACUCAUCGUGAGAGGUUGUCCUGCGGGUAUGUGGGGCCCGCCUUCAUGUCAGAACACCUGUCGUCGAUGCUACAAUGGAGGUAUCUGUGAUGACAAGACGGGAACGUGUAUCUGCGCUCCAGGAUUCAGCGGAGAAUAUUGCCAGCAAGUUCACGGGCGUCAUGUCUUUGGCCAGAAUGCUAGCCAUACCUGUUCUGAUAGCACUGAUCCACACAACGACGCUUGCCGGGGUCGUAUGUUUUGUCUUCCUGAUCCUUACGGAUGCUCCUGUGCUGCUGGGUAUAUGGGACUAGACUGUAUGCAAGAAUGUGCUGAAGGGAAGUAUGGAGCCGACUGUAAGCAGACAUGUCACUGUCCAUCUGGAGAUUCCUGCGAGAAGGAUACGGGAGAAUGUAAUGGAAAUUGCAUACCACCAUAUUUCGGAAGUAACUGCCAGUGUUCUACUGACAAUGGCGUUCUGGGGCUAACAGUGAUUGCAGACGAUCCAAAGCAACUCCAAGUUUCCUGGCAACCAGAUGCAUGUGUCUCUGGCUACAUACUGGAGUAUGCAUUGACAAACAGGGGCCAAUGUGAAGAGAUUGAAUCUCCACAGUGGGUAUCACUUCCAGGUCUACUCGAUGGUCAAACUACCAGUCAUGUCAUCACUGGUUUGAUUUCUAGUUCAACCUAUAUGGUUUACAUUCGCCCACAGUACAGUGGUACGCCAGGACCCAAUUCGACGACAUCUGGAACCACACUAAAAGAUGAUAAUCCAUCCGUUUCCCCUGUGGUGGUGACUUCCUACGAUUCUACCAGUGUCACACUCAGCUGGCGUGAGGUGUAUUGUGCCAACUACUCCGUCGAAUACGCACUGCAAAACAAAGAUGGUUGUGAAACUAUCGACCAGCUAAACUUCAUCCAGCACUGCAUGUGUUCUGGAAGUAAUUCGACGGUAAUACCAAAUCUCUUGGUCAAUUCGGUUUAUGAGAUACGAGUCCGCGCCUUUGUUGAUGGAAGCGGCGGUCUACUUAUACAACGGAGCGUUACAACCGGUACCAAAGAACCGUCUGCACCACCACAGCAAGUGACCGUCACUUCAACGGCGAAACGGAGCCUGAAUUUCUCCUGGAGAAAGCCAGCGUGUGGAAGCCGAGGUGGCAACAUCACAGGCUACUCAUACAAGCUGAGUGGACCAGGGUCACAACUCAUCUCAAAUGUAUCGACAGCUGAACAAGUUGAGAUAGAUGGCUUAAUCCCCUUCACUAACUACAGUUUUCAAGUUGCCGCAAACAACAGUGUUGGGGUAGGGCCGUACAGUGAAGUUGUCGUUCAGAGAACUGAUGAAGCAGAGCCCACAGUACCCUUGAAUGUCGCUAUUCAGAACGUUGAUGACGUAUCCAUCACUCUCCAGUGGUCAGAGCCCGACCCUCCCCAAGGAAUCAUCAUCCAUUACAACGUUAGGUACUGGAGGAGUGAACAGCCAGGAAACCAAACGCUUAUCAACGACGUGGUGCAGUUGAUGCAUGAGAUCACAGGCCUUGAAACAAAUGUAGCCUACUUUUUGCAGGUACAAGCUGAAACGUCUGUUGGUGUAGGACCAUGGAGUGCGAAUGUCACUGCGACCACCCAAAUCGGAGUGCCUGGGCCCGUACGAAAUCUUCGUUGGACGAAUACGAACGAGUCGUCAAUAACUCUAGAUUGGGACGAACCUCUCAAACCAAGAGGCAGCAUUUCCCAUUACAUAGUAAGGUACAGGAUCUUCUCUCCAUCGGAAGACUACAAUAUGGAUGAGGUUGAGAAUUCACCAUUCACAAAGAAUGGGCUAGAUCCAGCCACUGCGUACGAGUUCAACAUUACGGCUCAAAAUGAGAAAUUCGAAGGAUUCCCCCACAUCUUGGUGGUUUACACGAAACCACAAUCAAACCCUGCUGCGCCCCCUAAACCACCUUCCUACGACAGCGAAGCCACAGACACUACCGUGACGAUCGGGCUGACGAAACCCACCACCGGGGGCCAAUUCGUGGAGUCAUACGUUGUCCGAGUCAAGAGAGUUGGAUCGGUGGUCAAGAGAGAUAUACUGGUCCCGAAUCAGUUCGAGGAUUCACCCAACGACUACAUCGCAGCUGAGCUACUUGCUCAGAUUGCACCGGAAAAAUUCGUCAUCGGUGAUACCCAGAUGUACGGUGGUUACUACAACGCACCGCUAAUGACAGGCGAGAGUUACGAAAUUCUCACGGGCUCGGUUAGCAAAGGCAACGAAUCGGAUGGAUACGUGUCUUACUCGGAGCCCUUGACGGUUACAGCAAAGAAGACCACAACCGAACCACCGCCACCAGUUGGCGUGAUAGUAGCUGUCGUGCUCGUCGUUGUCAUCCUUGCUUUGGGUCUUGUCGUUGGCUUUGUAGUCUACAAGAGAAGAAGAGCAAGUCGAGCCAAACAACUCAGUGAUGAAUCUGACAUUCCACUGAACGCAAAGGCUUCGCCUUCCGGUAAAUCUUCUUCAUUUCUAGAAGAUUUUUAUUUAUCUUCUGUUCACAAUUACGUCAACGACGGAGCAGCAGCCAGCGAUACUCCCAACAAACAGAAGCCCAAACCGACACCAAAACCACGCCAGAAGCAGGGUGAGCCAGAACCACAUGCAGAAGAAGAGGGCGGCGAACAAGUGGAAUUCGUACCACCACCUCCUGUCCGCAGGGAUGAGCUGGCUGAAUACAUCCGCCAGAAGGAGGCGCAAGGCGAUAAUGGAUUCCUGGCAGACUACAAGUCGCUUCCCGAUUUUCCACUACAUCCAUGGACAGUGGCAGCGAAACCAGAGAACAGGGCCAAGAACCGAUACGUCAAUGUCAUUGCAUACGACCAUUCCCGCGUUGUACUUGACCUAUUGGAAGGUGAUCCUCAUUCAGACUACAUCAAUGCCUGCUACAUCGAUGGAUACAAGACGGAGAACAAGUACAUUGCAAGUCAAGGACCCAACAAGGCAUCUAUCAAAGACAUCUGGAGAAUGGUCUGGCAGUUGGGCAUCGAUAAGAUUGUCAUGCUCACCAAUCCCAUGGAAAACGGCAAGAUGAAGUGCCUGCAAUACUGGGCUGAUACUGGAUCUACCAUUCUCUCAGGCAUCGUGGUGACUACAGACAAAGAGGAGGUGUUCCUGGAUUACACCAUUCGUAAUUUCAGCAUUCACCCGGUUGGCAGCGAGGUUGCAGGAAGAGCGGUGAAGCAAUUCCACUACACCACCUGGCCCGACAUGAAGCCGCCAGAGUACCCAGCACCAUUGCUCAACUUCCUGCGAUUGGUCAAUGGACAUCAUAACCCGGGACGCACAAUGGUGCAUUGCAGCGCUGGAGUUGGACGCACUGGUACAUUCAUCGCCCUAGAUGCGAUGCAGGAACAAAUGGCGCAGGAAGGACAAGUUGAUGUUCUUGGCUUCAUCUACCAAAUGAGACAGAAUCGCAUCAAGAUGGUCCAGACACCGGAGCAAUACAAGUUCCUCUAUGACGCUCUUCUGUCGGCCUCUCUGACUGGAGACACGACCUACAGUGUUGCAGACUUCCGCCAGAAACUGACGACUCUGAAAAAGAAGGACAAAGGAGCGAAGGAAACAGGCCUUCAGAAGCAGUUCGCGACUCUGAUCCAGCUGAGCAAUAGGCGAGUUAAAGUCGAAAAGAAGUCGGGACAGCUCCCUGAGAACAAGGACAAGAACAGAUAUCGGCAUAUCAUACCAGGUGACCGUUCUCGACCAUUUCUGUCUACCAGAGUCCAUGAAGAUGAAACCAACUACAUCAACGCAACCUUCUUGCCAGGCUACCGUAAAAAGAACAUGUACAUCGGUACGCAGAUGCCCAUGCCCAACACUGUCACUGAUUUCUGGCGCUUGAUGUACGACCACAAAGCGACCAGCAUUGUGAUGCUGAACACCUUUGAUGUCAAAGACAAGACCAUGUGUCGCUACUGGCCGGAGAAGGGAACCAUCAACUUUGGCAAGCUGUCUGUCGAACUUAUCCAGACCAAGCGAUCCGACAGUGUGACACGAUGCACCUUCACCCUGAAGAACACCACUAACGCGGUUCUUGGCAAAUUUAAUUGCCCAGCAACCAUCCUAAGAGAAAAUUGUCUCAUCACGCAGAACACGUCGCAAGGCAUAUUGGCUGGUAUUCUGCUUUUGCCAGGCAGAACUUCGCUAUCUACAGCUAAUUUUGUUCUGAGCGAAACUGUGUCUAUAAAUCUUUUACAGUCCGAGGAAGCACGCACCAUCACCCAAUUCCAAUACCACGACUGGCCCUCCGACCAGGAGAUACUGAAUUCCGUGCCAGGAAUGCUGACCCUCAUGGAUCUCACUCGAAAGUGGAACGGAGACAAAGGACCCAUUGUUGUCCACUGCAUGGAUGGUCUUGGUAGUACUUCUGUGUACUGCACGUUGAUGGCGCUGUUGGAACAGUUCAAUGUCGAGAAAGCAGUGGACGUGUUCCAGGCAGCUCAUCGUCUGCGCAUGGUAAACCAAAACAUGAUGAACUCGCUGGACAAAUACGCACUGUGUUACGAUGUGAUACAGGCCAUGCUGGACUCCACUAGCAUCUACGAGAACGUCACACCCUCAGCUGGACCCGAAUCUGCCGUGUAAGGUAGACAGUUUUGAUGCAAGUACAGCACAUUCAUGGCUUAUAAAAUACAAUCCUCUUCGUACCUGACUGACUGAAACACUGACUCGCUGAAUGUCACCUGUGAGCCGGGCAGUGCUAUCGUAUAUGAUUACCCUGUAACUCUAACGAUGGGCUAAAUCCUGCCCAAUAUUUACACAGAUGCAUAGCAAAAUUUCCACUAAAACCAUUUUGAAUCAAUGGGCUAAUUGAAUAGAUUUUUUAAAUGGUGGGCUCUUUGACCAAGCAUUAUCAACUUCAAUUUGAAAAUAUGAAUGCACAACCUACUGCAGAUGUGCAAAAAAAGUAUUGAUGUCAUAAUGACGUCAUCAUAUAUCAAAUCAUCUGGCCUGGAUGUUACACAACACUCCUGGAGUCUUUCCUUGACUCAGUGCAUGCCAAAUUUUCAGAAUCCAGACAGGUGUUUGCUGUCAGUGUUGUCAACUGGAGGAAACUUGUCGUGGAAAAGGAAAAAAUAGAAAUGACUCGUAUACUCGAGAAGAAAGCAUCGAGAAGUAGGGAGACCACGAACAUGAGGCUGGAAACUAGUAGUAGCCGAUCUAGAAUUUUCCAUAGGGCAUAAACAGGGGGUGUUGAAGUCCAAUUUGUUUUCCGGGGCGGGGUGAGUCGUUGCAGUCAACAAAAUACCAAAGAACUGAAACAAUGAAUAAAGAUUUGAUAGGCCUACUCUGAGUGAUGAGGAUAUUUGAGGGAACUUCAGAAUGUUUUGGACUGACCUUGUUGAAAAUUAACGAUGUUCAGUCCUGGGGAGAGAUUGCCUACCCAACCCCUCUCGAUCCGUCGAUCUUUGCUACAGCUGUGUUGGUUGUGCGCCAGUACCUUGCUCUAGACCCACCGGUUCAAAUUCCCCUCCGAUCGAUUUUUCACUGUUGGUUUAUUACAUUUUGUGACAAUGAAAUGUUUUUCCCAAAACAUGCAAUAUCACAUAAUUUUUGUAUCCCGACCGUGUAAUAUUUUCCAAAAAUAUGUACAAUCAGGAAAAUUAGAAAAUAUGGUUGGAUGGAGCUAGACUAAAUGCAUUCAAUUGCCAAUUCUCCAACCAUGGCCAGAGUACAUCUUGUCAGUAAAUAAGUGUAACCCGUUUGAGGACGUAUCCCAUUUUACCCAGAGCUAUAGUUACAUUUUAGAAUCUUAAACAUAAGUUUAUCUACAGCAAGGAGUGAAAGCUCUAUUCUUCUUUUACCAUAGCUUGUUUUCUCUUGCAACGCAAGUUUUAUUUUAGAAUCUUAGACGUAAGUUUUUCUACAAGGAAUAAAAGCUAUAUUCCUCUUUUAUUUACCCAGAGCAAUAUUUUGUUCGCUUUUGCAACGCAAGUUAUAUUUUAGAAUCUUAGACGUAAGUUUCGGCUGCAAGAAGUAAAAGCUAUAUUCUUCUUUUAUUUACCCAGAGCAAUAUUUUGUUCGCUUUUGCAACGCAAAAUAUAUUAUAGAAUCUUAGACAUAAGUUUUUCAUCUGCAUGAAGUAAAAACUUUUUUCUUGGUAGAGCUGUUUUUUCUCUAAUGCGAAACAAAUUAUACUUUAGAAUCUUAAACAUAUUUUCUUACUGCAAGGAGUGAAGGCUAUUCUUGUGUUUUGUCGUGGAAAGCAAGAAUGCACGGACGUCAGUAGUUACAUGAUCACAUUAAUGCAACAUGGCCGACCUGCUAAACCUCGCCAAUAGAGGGCGCACUGUGGACACAACAUCUUGAUACUGGUAUUGCAACGUUGUAAAGUUUGUUUGUAGGUUUUAUAUUUUUUGUAAUUCGUGAUCACGCAUUCGGAUAUAUUAUGCGCUUUCAGCAAAGAUUUCGUACUAAUGAAAUAUGGUUUGCCGAAUUGAUUUGAGUUGAAAUUAUAUAAGACGUUUUUAAUGUUUAAUCAUAUAUAUAUAUAUAUAUAUAUAUAUGUGCAUCUUGAAUGUUUGAUAUGUAUAUUUUCGUUGAGUUUGAUAUCUAUAGGCAUAUAAUUGUUUACAGUGAUUGUAGAAAUUUGUAUAAAGGGGCCUUAUUAGGGGGUCUGGGCAUAAUUAUUUGAUAACAUAAGCAAUACAAUUGUUCGAAGUAUAAAGAAAGGUGUGUGAUCACAGGAGUAACGAC